AUGUCUCUAGCAACAUCAAGUACAACCUACAUUGUGAAAUUGACCAAAGAUGGUGCCUGGCAAUGGAACAACACCCCUCCAGUCAAGUUCCUUAGCGAUUACUACACCAAAUUUCCACCAAGCAGCACCCCUGGCUUUUUAGUGGACCUUGGUCCUGAUUAUAAGACUUUGAAAGCAGACUCGAAUACCUGGCCGUGGAAGGUCAUCUCUGUUCAGGACCUCUACACAGACGAUUUUUAUGCGGCAAAAGUCCUCCUUGAGCAGGGCUGGGGCGCGGUAUCCUACGCUUGGGGCGAAUACCUCCCUACUUUCGAUAAGGGCGGUACUUAUCGACCGGUGUUCGAAAGCCGAGAGAAGGAAAAUCUUCCCUUGCCCUACAUCCCCCCAAAUGUUUCGCCUGAUGUGGCCAAAGCUUGGAAUUGGGGGGUUCCGACAGUCAAACAAGUCACCGUGGGUCAGGUGAAAAAGGUUUUCCUUACGCUUGGUAAGCGGUUCGUUUGGUGGGACGUGGUCUGUCUACCCCAAAGAGACUUUUCGCAAGGAUUCGACAAGGACUUGACCCGGGUGCCACCAUAUCUUGGCGCUCCGUGGCUGCCAGAUUUUCUUGACACGAUCUGCAAUCAUGAACUUGAUAAGCAGAAGUUUGUGUAUGAAAAGGCGACCGCCGGAGCCGCAUGGCUUACCCAGAUCGAGUGGGGCUCAGCGACCCUUUCGAAGCUCGAAGGCUUGCUACAAAAUACUCCAAAGCUGCUCGACCUCGACACUGUUCGAACGAUUAUCAAUACACAAGGCCCUGAAAUCAAAGUGAUCACAAAAGACACACCAGUCUGGAAGAUUCUUUCCAAUGUCCUCGGCAGUCCCAGCUUAGGGGUUGCCACAGAAUGGAGGACAGCAAUCGAGGCUUUCUGCGACAAGAUCAACGGCAUUCGAGACUCUGAGGCCUGGUUUCGGUCUUUGUGGUCCUUUCAGGAGGGUAGACUUAUGAAACAACAAGCCUUCCUCGAUAAGCAAGGUCAGAUCUUGCCUCUUGGAACUAGUUACAAUGCUAGUGGCGCUACUGUCGUUUAUCCUAGGACUUUCCUUCAAGUGGGAAAUGACUACAAAGAAACCAGCAGUCCCAAUGCCACUACCGUCAUCACCUUUGUAACUUUACUUGCUAGUCAGAUCUCGCUGGCAUACAACUCUGCAUUUGGUUCUGGGACCGCCGGCAUGCCAAUUCCUCCGCUCGUUGAACUGUGGAACACGCCCAUCAGCGCAACCGACAAGAGGCCAGUUUUGGAACCCUGCCUUCAAACCUUGACGAGUAGUGGACUACUCUAUUAUCCCGAGGACUCGCCUCUGGAAAUUAUUGCUGCUGCCCGACGAUCAAGAUUCCCUAGUCUAUUUGUAAAGGAUGCUUAUUUCGCCUCUACAGGAGUCUUAGGGCUGGUCAAAGUUGAUGAGACCACCGACUAUCGAAUGAAGGAUCCUACAAACUAUUCGGGGCCCAAAAACAAUGAUCAAGCGUACGCUCAAUGGAUCACAGAUACGCUGCCCAAAGCCUUCUUCGAGGCCGUGGUCAAAAAGUAUCAGUGGCUGGCACUCCUCUUGGCUCGAAACCCGAAAGACAAGGUCGCUAAUUGGGGAGCGGUCUCCAUGGGCCACUUCGAACCAAUCACCCCAUACUGCGAAAACAUUCUUGUGGAAAAUGACUUCAAUGUUGAGCGAAGUGACUGGCAAUAUAUUCUCCCACAACUGACGUACCUGCCAGACUCUGACGAGCUCGAGAUCACUUCAGCCAAAGGCUUUACGCAGGAUGUUGCUUUGACCAGCAACAAGAUCCUGACGAGUAUGCCAGCGAAGGGCGUAAAGUGCUACGAAAUCGUCGAGGAUUGGGGUGCGAAGCAGUGCUUCCAAUAUGUAUUAGAUGACACUGCAGUGUAUGUUGAUGAUACUUUUACGCCUGCUGGAAAAGUCGACAUCAUGGGAAAACGCCCAACCAAACCAUCGAAUCCAGUUCGUAUCAAAGAGCUGCUCCCGGCCGCCUUUGGGGGUAAACCCAAGGUCGUUCUCAUCCCAUUUGAGGAACUUGGCUUCGGCCUAAAUGACAAGCUCGUUGGGAAAAUGGUACGAGACCCAUCGCUCUUCUCAAAAAGAUGUCUCCUCAUCGUCGAUUUCUCUGUCGAUCCAAAAGACAACGCGCGCGCCACUGGCACCUUUGGCGGGAUUGUGGACGUCCGGAAUCUCAAAGUGAACUACGGGAUGAUCAACAACAUCCGUUUGAAAUGGCAGUCACCUGUUGUGCCUCCGAAGUAA